AUGGGCGUAAAGAAUUGGAUUGCUCAAGACAGAGAAAAGUGGAGCAAGUUGUCAAGUCGGCUAAAACCCACGAAGGGUUGUAACGCCACGGCAGACGGAAAGCAACUCAACAAUCUCCGGUUCGCUGAUGAUAUUGUCAUAAUUGCUGACAACAUCAACGAAGCAAACGAAAUGCUCACAGAGCUUGCGGAAGCAGCUGAAGAGAAGGCAUUAUGGGUAAGAGAUGAAGGUGUAAGAAUUGGAGGGAACAUCAUUAAUAACAUAAGAUUCGCAGACGAUACCGCAAUCAUGGCAGAAAAUAUAGACGAUUUACAGAUUCUUCUAGAAAUCAUUAACAGAGAAAGCAAAAAGAUGGAACUAAAAAUGAAUAUAGAUAAAACCAAAUGCAUGGUGAUCUCGAAAACUCCUGUUGACAACAUACAUCUGAUAUUGGAGGGUAAACCGUUAGAGAGAGUCGACAAGUAUAAAUACCUAGGAGCAAUUAUAAACUCACAGUCAGAUCAAGAUGAGGAGAUAAAUGUCAGCAUAGAAAUAGCUCGAAAAAGAUAUAUAAAAUACAAGUCCAUGUUUACAAAUACAAAAUUGAGUAUGAGUUCGUCGAAUGCUAUGUUUGAUCGCAACUACUACUAUAUAGUGUAG